GCGGAGACCGGGGUGGCGGACUGCUGUUACCGAAGUGCAAGGAAAGCCUGGGUGUGACAUUACAGGACACAUGUCAGCUGUGUCUCCCCCGGACAGUGGACACUUGUGUAGUGGUGUUGGAGUCGGAGGUUUGGCGUUUGGUCCACGGAGCGCUUCCACACACACAGCUCCAGCCCCGGUGUGUGUUACUCCGACAGGCCGUGUUAGUGGAGCUCCUGACGCGGACAGAACAUCUCUCAGCCUGUCAGCUCCCCUCCAAACUUCAUCCCAUCCUACUCGUCUUUCUCUAAUCACUCCACAACCCGUCCCUCCGUGAGAGCUUUAUCAUGCGCGCUUUUAUUUCACCGCUUACUGUAAACACCUAGCUGCAGUUCAGUUUGUAUUUCCGGUUUGUUGGUAAACAGUGUCUCUCCGCGGCUGCAUGUAAUCUUGUAUCCCUGUCUUGUUGUGUCUCGGAUGGCUUCAGGCUCUGCACCCUUGCGCCUUGCUUUAAACUAAACAUGUAUCCAGUGUUGAUAUUUAGUGUUGAAUCACCCCAUAUACCAUGCUGGCACUGCCCUCUCGCCUUGGCCUCUUAACCUGCAGGAGAUUUUCCUUGCCUGCACAGCCUUCCCACCUUCUGGCUAAAGGUGCACUUGCCAGCAUGUAUGCCACGCGCCUGUACAGCGGUGGAGGGGGCAAGCCUGGUCGCCGCGUUGGUUUGAUGGGUGGAGGGCAAGCCAUGCUGGAGAAUCAUCACCACCCUCUCGCCCCUCAUCACCCCCACAUCCCGCCUCCUCAGAGUUUCCCUCCUCCGCUCUACCAGGGCCGUGUAGAUGCCCACCGAACCUACUACCAGCCUCAUCAGCACUACCACACCCACCCGCAGGUCCCUCACCUCCCCCCUCCACACUACCAGCCUCACGCCCACAUGCACCACAGCAAAAAGAAGACCUGGAACUUCAUUCAUGAGAAGAUGAGCUACGACACCUUCUUCACCAUGAAGCGGCUGAUCGACCGCUCGCGCAGCGUGGACGAGGUGCUCCGCUGGGUCACGCAGAACCCGGGGAAGAUCUCGCACAACCACUACCCUAUCGCCUUACAGAAAAUCGGCCAGCUCCUGGCACUCCAGCAGGCUGGAGCGUUUGGCAGUGGAGGAGGGAGCCUGGUUAGCAGUGGUGUGGCUGCAGACGGAGCGCUGUCCUCAACUCCUGCUGUAGGAUCGGGUGAUGGUGCGACUCGACAGAUUCUGGAUCACCCAGACUUCCAGACUCUCUGUGACGCCAUUGUUAACGACUGCUCCAAGUUUGACAACUUUAGCAUCGUCAACUGUCUUUACGCCGUGGCCGCACUCGGGCUGCCCAGUGACUCUCGGAUAGUGCAGGUGCUGGAGGAAGAGUCGCAGGGCCGCCUUUCGCAGUUCAACCAGAAGGACAUCUCUAUGGUGUUCAGCAGCUGCAUGAAGCUGCACCCGUCCAGCCAGCACCCGCUCAUCGAGUCGUGUCUGGCAGGCUUGGAGAAGAACAUCGAGCGCGAGCGUCACCCACAGACGCUGUUCCUGCUGCUCUCUUACUACCGCACCAAGUGGCGUGCGCAGCAGGCGGCCGACGCUGCCUCCGCCGAACAACUCGUGGUCGACCGCAAGAUCCUGCGCCUGGUCAAACACACGCUGGCCAGUGUCAGCUGCGUACGUGACCACGAGAUGACCUUACUGGAUGAGAUGCUGGCAGCGUGUGCCCGUGAGGCCAGCAACAAGAGCCUUGAGCUCAUCUUCGGCUCUCACCUCUUCUACCAGAACAGGCAGGAGAAGUUUGUGAGUAGCCUAGCUGAGGAGCUGCCUAAAAAGGUAGACAGUAUCACCCCUUACACCAUGGCUCUUAUUGCUAAGUAUAUCGCACGCCAUCGUCUCAGAGAAACACAACUACUGGACACCAUCGCAGAAUUCCUGGUCAAGAAGGGCGAGUACUUAGACAGCAAGGUGAUCCAGAAGCUCGUGUUCCCUUUCAGUCGCAUGAGUUAUCGGCCUGCUAAUGAGACUCAGUUCUUCUCUAAGCUGGAAAUGGUGCUGGAGAUGAAGGCUCUGAGCUCGCCGCUGGCUACCGUCAACAUCCUCAUGUCCCUCUUCCAACUGGGGCACUUUCCCAGCCUGGUGUUGCACCGGGUCUUCUCGCCCUCCUUUAUCAGCAACGUCACCAACAGUCCGUACGCUCUGAUCGUACGCCGCUAUCUGUCCCUGCUGGACGCCGCGGUGGAACUUGAGCACAGAGAGUACACAGGGCCUCGUCUGCAGGACUCGCACAAAGUGCUCAUGUUCGACCACGCACUCACCGCUGACGAGGUCAACCGCAAAUACAGUUAUAAAGGCCUUGUUGCCGAGGCCCUCAGGCAGCUGGUUGGAGAGCAUGGUUACAAGCAAGAUGAAGUUCUACCUCCAGGAUAUUACACGGAUUUUUUGCUGUGGAUAGACCACGCGGGCCACGUUCUUCCCAUCAGAGCAGGCUCGGCAGCGGUGUCAUUAACAGCGGACUCUUCUAUGUGCACGGUCGUGAACCCCAAAUCACAGGACGGUUCCACAUCUGUUGCUGCUCUGACUUCUGACUUCCAGAAGUUCUCUCCCUUCUCACCACCUUUAGAGGAGGGUAUCGACAAACAGCCAGAAAAUGAUUCCACCUUCCUGCCGCCCCACAUCCAGAGAGCGGGCACUAAUGGAGCGGUGCCACUGGAGUACAACACGUAUUACCAAGCUUCGGAUUACUACACCAGCCUGGCCAAGGAGCACUCUCUGGAGAGCCAGGACAGUUCAACGUUGAGCAGCCCAUCAGAGUGUCUGGCUCAAGCCGGGUCGGCUGUCCCCGGGGCCACUGCUCCACAGGACUCCCUCUUCCAGUUCUCUAUUGGAAAGAUACUGGAGGAUGAGAGUGGUGCGUCCAUCCAAGUGGGGGCCAAUUCGGGACCAGACUGCAAUAUCACACCUUUCUAUGAAGGCGUGACCUAUGAGGCAGGAGAUACCAACACGGUGACUGCUGUUCCACUCCAGCUGCACUCAGCAAAACCCUCGGAGUUGGACAGGACAACCGGGGAGCACGUUAAAAGGGUGAUCAUGUCGGUAAACGAUAAAUGGCACUACUGCCACAACUCGGAUGUGCUUGUGGGUUCCCGGGCCAUGAGAGACCGCCACCUGCAGCUGCUAGGCUACGUUAUACUACAGUUGCCAUAUCUGGAGUUGGAGAAGCUGAAUGGAAUUGAGGAAGUGAAGCAGUACCUGCACAAAAAGCUCCUGGAGGUUCCUUUAUGACGGUGGAAAAGCAGAGGCGUGUGUAUGUGUGUGUGUAAGCGUGUGUAUUAGUGUGUGUGUGUGUGUGUGUGUGUGAGCAUGUCUGCAAGCAUGUGCAACGUUCUGUUUAAACAUGCAUUGGUGUUUUAAGGAAGAAGGACUAUUUUGUGUGUGUGUGUGUGUGUGUGUGUGUGUGUGUGUGUGUGUGUGUGUGUACACACAGGAGGUGAACAGUCCUGUCUUUUAGGACAGCUUGUGGUAUCACUAAGCCAGUGGGUGGGUCUCUUAGUUCUUGACUUGGGGAAGGGUUGAUGACACCCCUCUGGGCAAAAUGUAAAAACACUGUUUCUGGAAACAAAUGUGACAGCCAGGCACUUCCUAGAACCUUCCAGAACACCCACAAGCUGUACAACUACACGACCACAUAGCCAGAGCGUGCUGAUUUUUCUGGUACGUAUUAGAAUUGAGUGCCGCUCGUAGAAGGAUACAAUCAGAUUUACCCAGAUUUACUGCCAGGUGUGAAUGCCGGGAGUCAUGGGUUAACUCUAACCCUGCCGAACAGGUACUUAUUUAACAUUUUUUAAUCGAAAUUCUGUGUCCAAAAUGACUUCCGUCGCUCUUUCCAGCUACAGUUUGGUCCAAAGGUCCGGCGCCACGUGGAAAAUCUCUCUUUAAAAACAGAAGGUUUGAGAUUUUCGAAAUAUAUCAAACAAAGGAAGUAAAACGUUCAAUAUCUUGAAUAUCGAAUACGUGCGAUUCCGCGCCAUUUCCAGGGCACUACUUAAAUGGAAGCUGACGCUGAAGCUACCGACGCGCGUGUUCGGACGACCGAUCGGAUCUGAAGCGGAUCGCGAGGCUUUGCACAAACUUGUGUGGCGUCCAUGCCAUCUCGAGUGCACGCGGUCCUUAAAGGAGGCGUACCAAAUUCGAAGAAACUCUGAAAAUGUUUAAACGCCUCUACUUUUCACUCGAGUUGUUGUCAAGAUCGUCAUUUGUAAAGAAAACUGUUGCAUUAGAUUUGAAAAUAAUGCAAAAUACAAGCUUUUUCACAAGUGCUUAGACUUUUGGACCCAACGGUACAUGAAAUCAUUCUGUUCAUAUAUAUAUAUCUCGAUAUAUAUAUAUAUAUAUAUAUAUAUAUAUAUAUAUAUAGAGGCACAUGUGUUAAGCACAGCUGUAGUUCUCAGUGGGUAAGUGAGAGUGAUUCCUGGCUGUAUUUCAACCGUUACGUUCCACAGACACCGUAUUUCAGAGCUCAGCUCACCCCGGUACAUUCGGACUAACCUUCUUACCCCUGCUUUAUAUCCAGGUUAUGCAUGUUAAUGGAGGACACACUCUCCCGCUUCUGUGAACUCAAGAUCGGGUUUUUUAUAUUUUGUCCAGAUCGAGUGUCUGUCAGUAUUUUCGAUAUUUGAUUUGCUAACACGGUUUAGACACACUAUUACUCGUUUAUAAUCUCGUCCCGCCGCUAAGAUCUCUGCAAGCGUUUUUGUUUUUUUUUUUUUUGUUUUUUUUUUAUCUCCGUUGUUGAUGAUCUGUCUCUCGUCAGCGUUUUAAACCAUUCAAGAGGGCAGGUCUGAGGGAGGAGCCAUUUCGAAAUCCGCAAAGGAGUUUCAUGGAAGAAUGUGCGAAACUUCCAGAGUGCGAAACAUCUGUGUGAGUGUAAAUUUCAGAUGCCCGCCAUUAAAGACAGCCCGGGUCGUUUCACCUGAUCGGACUGACCGUGUGCGACCACGGUUAUGAACCAAACGGGACAACGCGUCUUGUAAACCUGUGCAACGAUGGACACAACGAACGGACGGUAACCGAUAGGAGUCGGUCGGGAUCGUGACGAAUGUAUAAAGAAGAUGGAUUCUAUCGAUAGAUUUUAUUUUCUCAGAGCAAAUGAUCUAUUUUGUCAUUUAAAGGAACGCAAAGCAACGCACUCAGUGGACUGCCGGAUUCGUGAGCCGCUUAAAGAAGUCACGAUAUGUCCCCUUGUGAUGUUGGACUCAUUAGCAUAACUGUGUUCCCAUCUUUCAAGUCUGUAUUUGAAAGGGAAGCAUGUCAGCUUUUGAGACGUUUUAUUUAAAAAAAAAUAAAAAAAAUUGACAACCUUACCAUUAAAUUGGACAAAUAGAGCUGAUCGUUCUCCUCCAGUAUCACAAAUAACUCGGUAUGACCAUGUUGAGCUGUAAACACAUAAUGAGGACUAUGACGUAUGUUUCUGUUUGGACAUUGUUAUGGUUUAGUGCACAUUUCGGUAAUAAUAAUAAUAAUUUUGAUGGCAGUAAUACGGAAGCCUUGUUUUGUGUAGUUCUCAUUGUGACACUAUCGCUGUGUGCGUUGGCUUUGCUCGGUUUGUUUUUUUGGAAGAGAAAUUAUUUAUUAUGGCAAGUAUUCCUCUGAAUGUAAGAAGACUCAGUGAGUGGAUGUCUGUGUGUUGGGUAAUAGGUGGGGAAACUGGGAAUCAUUGUUUAUAUAUACAUAUUAAAAUGUCUAUAAAAUGAUUAUUUAAAAAAAAAAAAGAAGUAAAAAGCAGGAAACAAACGUCUGAUUUUUUUUUUUUUGGUGUUGUGUGUUUUUUGAUCUCAGUUCUACUAUAAUCUUCUCAAAGUGAGGUCAGUGAUUUUUAUUUUAUUUUGUUAGUUAUGGUCAAAUUAUAACCCGCCAUUUAUCAAAAU